AUGACAACACACAAACACAACAGUUGCUGCUAAUUCCAUGAAGGCAGUGUAUUAUCCGGCUUCAGGCUUCUUUUCCAGGGUUAUUUCUCUUGCUUUGAAGAGAUUUUGUAUGAUUUAGGAUGAAUGAGUUGGAGAGACGGCAGGACUGGCAUUUAACCAGCACCGGAGUUGGACUCAACCACAAAGCCCUGACCUCCUUCCCUCCUCCACAUAUCAGGUCAAGCCUGAGUGACCCCUUGCCUCCUGGGCUGGACAGGACAGAUGAAGUGACUGCAUAUGACGAGCUCCUUAACACAUAUGAGACCACGACAGGCAGUACCCAUAAUAGAAAAUAUCCAGGGGGAGUCUACUCCCAGCCCAGGCACCCCAUUGCCCCCCCUCACUGGAAAGUCCAUUACAACAAGGAUUUGUGGGAUAAGUUAAAGCUAAGAGCAUGGAGAUCUCCGCUAGACCCUGCCUCUCAAAGCAGUGAGAUGAAAUCGGAGUUCACUGGACAUCAGACUCAACCUACAUUGGCUAACUUCCAUGCCGGGCCGCAACCUUACUCACUCAGUAACCAUCAUGGUAAUGGGCCAUCACAGUCCAUAGUGCCUACGACAGAGAAUAAAGCCCUUUCUGGAGAGACUUUUUAUAUAAGGGAUGGCGGGGCCUUGCGUCUCAAUGACAUCUAUGCGUCCACUACUGCACGGGAUUUCAGAGCUUUUACAGCGAAAGAACUGGAGGGCUACCCCAAGAAAGAUAUCCUGACCUACUGGCAGGCUGAGGAUUACCCCAAGGCCUGGGGACAUGGCCUUAAAGAGAACCCGCUCCCUAAGGAGACUUAUCCCAUCCUGCGAAGGCCUCCUCCUAUGCGUGAUGUUACCCAGUUCCCUAUUGCUACCAAACUACCCAGGAUACCCCCGCGUGCAGUACCAGUUCCUAACAGAGGCCUUAAAACCCUGGUACAGGAGAGUUACCAGCGGCCAUUGGAUGUUAAAAGGUCACAAGAUGUCUAUUUCCCCUUGGAAUGCCCAUGGACAAUCCCUCGGCAAGGAUCUUUACCAGAAAUAAUGGCUGUGCCUAAAAUGUAUCACACAGAGUAUGAGACAUAUGGAAGUGAGAGACCAAUUACUGUGUGAGACCACCCAAAGAUAUAAUACAAGCUAGCAUGUCAGUGCUUACGCUAAAUAAGGGUAACAAUAACCAGCUUGCCUUGUCCUCAACCUAAUAAAGUCCAGUUACCCAGCA